AAGAAAAUUAAGUAAUAUUUUUGAAAAGGCCAAAUUUUGGAUUUUUUUAAAUUAGGUGUGUAACCAUAAAGAAUGGGUUUCCUCUGUGAGGUGAAGCAUAAACCUGAAGAGAAAUAUUAUCUGUCACAAAUCACAAUAUAAAAUGUAUUUAACACACUGUUUAAUAUAGAUGAAAAGCAAUAUUCUGAGAGGCAUCUCUUCCUCUCUAACAACUUAUUAUUUGUUGCUUUGUCAGAACUCAAAACAUCAGAAAACAUUCUUCAUUACCUCUUCAUAUCUCUUUCUUUGUCUGUAAAUAACCAAAGAAAACCAGCAGCUAGAGCAAACCAUGGCUGCUAACAAAUUUGCAACCAUGCUGCACAGAAACGCCCACAAACUCACUGUAAUUCUAGUCUAUGCAGUUCUUGAAUGGAUCUUGAUCAUUCUCCUUCUCCUCAAUUCUUUUUUCACUUACCUUAUCACCAAAUUUGCCAACUAUUUUGGCCUGAAACCACCUUGCCUGUGGUGUUCCAGGGUUGAUCAUGUGUUGGAGCCUGGAAAUAGAACCAGCUCAUAUAGAGAUCUUGUUUGUGAGAAUCAUGCAACUGAGAUUUCCAGGCUCGGCUACUGCUCAAAUCAUCGACGACUGGCUGAAACCCAGAAUAUGUGCAUGGACUGCUUGGCCUCUCGGCCAAAUCACAAUGAUGAGUCUGUUGGCAUGAAUAGAAGGAUUGCCUUCAUUUCUUGGGUGAGCAAGGAUACACUUGAAAAUGGUGACGGAGUUCCCAGGUGUUCUUGCUGCAACGAAAUCUUUAACAACAAUCUCUACUCUCCUUAUUUGUUGUUCAAGCCUUCUUGGAAGGCUCUGAGGUAUACCCAGAAAGGAAAUUUGAUUAUAGAAGGAAUUGAUGAUGAUGGUAAUGGAAGUGAGUGCAAACUGCUAAGUAAACAUGAUAGUUUUGCUCAUUACACAGAGUUUAGCAAUGAGAUUGAGAAAAACGAUGGAGAAGAACAUCAAAUGCUUUCUGAUGUUGGAAGUUUUGGCCUCAAAGAUUCUGCAGAAGACGAGUGUUCAGGGUCCGAAUCAAGCUUGCGAUGUGAUGAAAAGGAAGCAAAUGAAGAUCAGAAAGCAGAUAAUCUUUGCAUCACAGAACAAGAAUCAUAUGGUAUGGAUUUUGUUCACCGAUCUUUUGGUGACAAUAUAGUCCAGCAUUGUCUUGGAGAAGACUGUUCACUUGAAAUCAUGGACGUUCUAUUUGAGAGAAAUCUGGAUUGUGGAUCUAAUCGCUUAAUCCCUAUUGAAUUGAUUGAUUCAUCAACUUCUGCAAAUCAGGGAUCUUUCAUUUUAAGGGAAGAAGAUCUGGAAAAGCAUGAUUAUCAAAAUGAACAUUUUGAUUCUUCUUUACAGGAAGAAACUCAAAUCAAGUUGCAAGAGGACAAAGAGACUAUAGAAAUAAAUGUGGAUAAUGGUAAGAACUCUUCAGUUAUAGAAAAUGACUUGGCUGGUGAGGCAUCUGAAACUUUAUCCAUCAGUGGCAAAGUUGUAGAAAUGGCAGAUUUGGAUGAACCUCAAGCCCUUCAAGAAAUAGAUGAGGAGGAAAAAAUAAAUGACUUCAGUUCCGUUGAUCAUCAAACCAAAUCAGAGCCCUUCAAAGAACUGUCUGAUCAGGCCAACAAUCUACCCCAAGAACAAGAAUCAACUCCAUUGCCAUGCUUGCAAUUGCAAGAAGAUCACUCUUCUACAAAUGGCAAUGGUGCAGAAAUUCCUAAUGCUCCUGAAUCAUACAUGCACAAUGACUUUGAUUUUGCUUUGCUAGGUCCAAACUACAGAGAAAAACCUUCACUAGAAGAAAAAAUGAUAUCAGCUGAUAAGAACCAAGAAGCAAUAAGCCAACAUUCAUCUAUGCGUUCAGAAUCUAAUGAAGCUGAGGAGGAAAAAUUCCCCGAGACGCCAACUUCUCUUGAUAGUUUUCAUUACUUGCAUAAGAAACUACUCCUGCUCGAGAAAAGAGAAUCAGGGAAAGAAGAGUCCUUAGAUGGAAGUGUAACAAGUGAGAUGGAAGCUGGGGAUCCACUUCAAAGUGUUGAGAAGCUGAAAACAGCUCUUAAAGCCGAACGGAAGGCUCUGAAUGCUUUAUAUACAGAACUGGAGGAAGAGAGAAGUGCUUCUGCAAUUGCAGCAAAUCAAAGUAUGGCUAUGAUAAACAGACUUCAAGAAGAGAAGGCAGCAAUGCAAAUGGAAGCACUGCAAUACCAGAGGAUGAUGGAAGAACAAUCUGAAUAUGACCAAGAAGCUUUACAACUUCUUAAUGAGCUCAUGAUGAAGAGAGAAAGAGAGAAGCAAGAACUUGAGAAAGAGUUGGAAGUAUAUUUUAAGAAGGUUUCAGAUUAUGAGGCCAAAGAGAAAAUAGGAAUGAUGAGAAGAAGCAUAAAUGGAAGUGUGAGGAGUAGAAACUCUUCUGCUACUUGUAGCAGUGCCGAGGAAAUUGAUGAGCUAUCUAUUGAUCUUAAUCGUGAAGCAAGAGAUGAAGAUAGUAGCAUCUAUGGAGACCAAGGCAUCAGAAACAAUGAUGCUCCCAAUGAAGAGGUUAUAAAUUUGGAAGAAAUGGCACUGGACUGUGUGCAGCAAAUAAGUGCCCUUGAUGAUUCAUUCGAAGAAUUUGAGGAAGAGAGGCUAUCCAUUCUAGAUCAGCUCAAGGCAUUAGAGGAGAGACUACUGAAUUUGCAAGAAAAUGAACUCUCUGAGGAGGGAAACUCAGUGGAGAAUUCGUUAAACUAUAGUGUAAAAGGAUAUGAUGAAAGCUACGAAUUGAGCACUCCAGAAGAAAAUGGGAUUUCACAUGAGUUAUCAAAGGACAAACAUUAUACUGAGAGGAAAACAAUGGGUUCCAUGGCCAAGAGCCUCCUUCCUCUUUUGGAUGCUGCUGAUAAUGAAUAUGCAGCUGAUGAAGGGUUGUUAUUUGAAGAAAAUGUGGCAUCUGAAAUUGUUGAAGUGGAAAACCCUUCAGUUUCCAAAUUUGAUUUAGACAGCAAGAAAAUAUCCCUUGUGGAGGAAGUGGAUCAUGUUUACGAAAGGCUGCAAGCUCUUGAAGCAGACAAGGAGUUCCUAAAGCAUUGUAUGAAUUCAAUGAACAAGGGAGAAAAAGGAAUGGAUCUUCUCCAAGAGAUCUUGCAACAUCUGCGUGAUCUUCGCGCGGUGGAACUCCGGGUGAGGAAUAUGAGUGAUGAUCCUCUAGGGUGAAAUUGCAUUUAACAACUAAGAUACAGGAGAGGAGAGUUUGCUUUGACAAUGCAGAUCCUUUUCUCAUGGGUGAGGAGAACCACACUUUAAGAUGCAGGCCAGAAAGUUUAUCAGCGAAAAUCCAGGAAAACUCCUUAUGGAAUGGGGGAAUUCCUGGGCUGUUUUGUUUUAAUUGGUGGAUAAUUUUCAGACUAAAAUACUGAAGUCUGCACAAAUUUCCAGAUGAUCUCUUUUGGGUUUACUACAAGAAUAGUGUUAAGCCCAAUUUUGCAGUUAACUACUCCAGACUGUCUUUUCCUGCCAAAGGAAAAAGACACAGGAUUGCACAAAUUUAUCUGGUUUGAGUGUGUAGGAUACAUUACAUGAAACCAAAACAGUUUCUUUCUACUUUAUUCAUUUGUUCUUUGGAAGGGAAAGAUUUCAACUGGGAAGAGGAAGGGGAAGGGAAAGGGAAGAGGGGUUAAUUCUUCCUUCUCUUGGUCUUUGUGUCAAGCAUAUCAUAUGUAUUCCAGUAAUGUGUCAAUAUUUGUAAGCAUUAAAAUUUAUGUUUGAUUUUACACUUUGUGAACAAAA